ACUCAUCUUGAAAUUCUACCAUUUGAUUAUCACUUCGUGCAUAUCGGGCCGGCUAGGAGCAACAUCUUGUUAGAAACUUUUUUUUUGUCUGAUACACUUAGGCAUCUACUUUUUUCAUGAUGUUGGCCAUCCGGGGAGCGCUUUUCGGAACUUUCAGAAAUGUUCCUGCUGUCUUGGGAGUUCGCAGCAAGCAUACCCUCCCGGAUCUGCCGUAUGAUGUGGCCGCAUUGGAACCUGUGAUUUGUCGAGAAAUCAUGGAGGUUCAUCAUCAGAAGCAUCACAACGCUUACGUCACUAAUCUAAAUGCCGCUGAAGAACAGCUGAAGGAUGCCGUGGCCAAGAACGAUGUCUCCAAGAUCAUCCAACUAGGCGGUGCCAUCAAGUUUAAUGGUGGAGGUCACAUCAACCAUUCCAUCUUUUGGCACAACCUGUCGCCGGAUAGCUCAAAACCAUCGGCCGAAUUGGCCGAGGCCAUUGAGCGAGAUUUCCAUGGAUUGGAAAACUUUAAGAAAGAGAUGAAGGCGGCUGCCGUGGCCGUACAAGGCUCGGGCUGGGCCUGGCUUGGAUACAACAAGAAAACCAAAGCUCUGCAAGUGGCCGCCUGUCCCAAUCAGGAUCCUCUCGAGGCUACCACUGGAUUGGUGCCACUGUUCGGGAUCGACGUCUGGGAGCAUGCCUACUAUCUGCAGUACAAGAACUUGAGACCGAACUAUGUCGAUGCCAUCUGGGACGUUGCUAACUGGAAGGACAUUUCCGAACGCUUGGCCAAGGCGAAGUAAAUCGAGGCAUAUGCAUCUGCCUACACAAACAACUCAAUUGCCUGUCAUGCUUUUCUGCAAGUGUCUAUGUUAAUUUGCAAUAUCAAUCUCCGAAUAAAAAAGCGUUAGUUCUAAAAAUAAACAAAAAUAAAAUAUU